GAUGUAUAUUUUUAACUCUGCGCAAAUUUGACUGGAAAUGAGGCUCUUGAAUGCAUUAAAUAGACAUGCAUUGUUUUUUAUUUUAACUUAAAACUCUUAUCGUAGUUUAUUUAUGAUAACGAAUUUAAGAUGUUAUGAUGGUCAAUUUUUGUAGUUUUAUUUUGUAACUGCAGAGUGUAUAGUCGUACAUCUAGAUUAUAACUGGAUUUUUUUAGUGACGACAUUUCUGCGCAAAUUUGUCCAGCGAUGAUGCUCGUGAACAAGCUAUAAACAGCUGACCCAAUAUGAUGAAGCUGCAGACUCUCGUGCCUGUCUGACCUACAUUUUUUUUAGAUGGUAUGAAAACACAGAAACCGUAUACUAUAUAUUUUAUAUACAUUUAUUUAUAUAACAUAUUAUAACGUCAGUUUAUACUCUAUGCAGCUAAACAUCAGAGCGAAUCCGAUAUCCGUUUGUUAAUGCAGCUGUUACCAUGGUAACACAAAGACAACACAGCUGCUUUCCGUUCCUGAUACAAUAAAUACGUGACGUUUUUCAAUAAGGCAUCACAACUAAUAAAGGUAACAAUGAUUUUAAAGAUGUAAGGUAAAUAAUUGUUUUUUUUUUAGGCGCUUAAUAUACGGUAGUACUGUUUCCCUACUUGUUUUAUUUAAAGAGGUCACCGCUUAUCUAUCAAAACAAGUGCCCAUAUCUGUUCCUCAAGGGGAGAAAUGAAAUACCAAUAAGGUAAGAGGGUAAAAUAUGGAAAAAUAUGACAAAGUCCUCACUCUUGGUAGGGGAGGAGCAGGUGUUGUGAUGUUGAUGAAACAUGUCGAUACAAAGAAAUUUUAUGCUGUCAAGAGAAUACACGUGGACAGUUCUCGAAAAACAAAGACUAAAGAGGUUGUGUUACAAGAAGCUGAUAUAUUGAGGAGCUUAAAGCACCCCCAUAUUAUAUCAUGGAUCGACACUUUUUUUGACCUAACAAAUGACCAUAUUUACAUCGUUAUGGAUUACUGUGAUGGUGGAACACUUGAUGACCACAUUAAAGAGCAAAAAAGCGGGCAAUACUUUGCAGAAACCAAGGUUAUGGACUGGUUUGUGCAAGUCGUGAUGGCUGUUGGUUACAUACACUCGGAAAAAAUCCUUCACAGAGAUAUAAAGCCUUCCAAUGUGCUGCUAACCAAAAGAGGUGUGAUCAAGCUUGGGGAUUUUGGGAUAUCAAAAAUUAUGAACCACACACUUGACAUGGCCUCUACCUGCGUGGGAACACCCAGUUAUCUGAGUCCUGAACUCUGUCAAGAUGUCCCAUACAGCACCAAAUCUGACAUGUGGGCUGUCGGAUGUCUGCUGUAUGAACUCUGUGUACUCAAACCGGCGUUUGAAGCUAAAAAUCUCCUAAGUCUGUUUUACAAGAUCAUCAAAGGAGAAUACAUUGAUAUCCCAGAGAGGUAUUCAGAGGACAUGCGUACAUUAAUUGAAAAAAUGCUGUCCUUGGUUCCCGAAAAAAGACCAAGCGCGAGCGGCAUUCUAAGCAUGACCUAUGUGCAAGAAUUUCUGGGAAACUUUAUUGCACGUCAGGAGAAAGAACUGACAAAGGUUAAUGCUGAAACAACAAGAGAGGACUCUAACAAUGAAAUGUCAUCUUUGGAAAGCAGAACAGACCGUUCCUCUGCUGUUUCUGAUAUGGCACAGAGAACAGAGACUGAAGAUAAAACUUCACAAAGUGCUGAGGAGCAAGUGGCCCAUGAAGAAACCGAGUCGGAUUAUUCAGAGGACUUUGACGAUCAUGAGAGCAUUUCAUCCUCAGAGAGUGUUUUGAGGGAUGAUGUCUCCUCCAGCCAAGGAAAUGAGCUUGAAGAGGCAGUUGAGGAAUCUAGUGUUGUUUCUGACAACGAGGACAUCCCUGACUAUCCGGAUGACUUUGAAGAAGCUGAGGAUGAUGAUCUGGCUGAAGUUGUCAGCUGUGCCAGAGAAGCCAUGAACUAUCUCUCAGAGAAUGACUGCUUUCAUGUGGACCUGCUGGAGGUCAAAGAUGCUGAUGGUUUCUCUGUCACAAUGAAAGUCUUACGAGAGAAAUACAUGGAAGAUGUUGGAGCCUCGGUUUAUGAGGAAAUCAGUGAGCACUUUCUGAAUGGCCUCACACCAGAGGAUCUACAGCCACAGUUCCAGCACAUGAUUGGGACAGACCAUUUAGAGACCUGUUACCUCAUAUUCAAUCUUGACCAAGAAACUACAUGCUGAGUCACAAAUAGAGAAAUGAAUUUUGAGUUCAAAUGUGAGCCGAUUAACCUCAGCAAUCGCUAGAACUGUAGUGUGUUUUGAUUAUAUUAUCAACAUAUUUUAAACAAUAUAAUUAUAAUUGGGAUGCACUUAUAGAUAAUGACUCGUCGAUCAAAAACUGAAAGUCUACCCUAAGCAUUUAAAGAGUGAUUAUUUUGGCACUCAUUUGUGUUCUUGUAAAACCAGAAGGUGGCACUCUAUAAUCAGAAAAUGUGUUUUUGGAUGAAUGCUGUUGACUGAACUGUAAUUUUUUUAUCUUGUCUCCAUAAAUCACAUCUGAGACUAAUAAAGAACUGCUACCUUCAGGAUUAAAUAUUGAAUACUGUUAUUUACCAUAAAUCCAAUCCUGUCAACUAUUAUUUAAAACAUUUAACCCAUUGGUUUGACUUUUUUUCUUAAAAACCCAGGUGAAAUAUUAAAAACAGGGUAAAUUUCCCAAUGUGCUUUUAUUCUAGUCAAUUAUAGUACAAAAACCAGAACACUUCUACUGAAUAUGUAAAUUUAUGAGCCACAGCUGCAGUUUUGUUCCGCAUGUUUUCCCAUAGUCCAGCUGAUUCCAACUGGGAAUUGGUCAGCUUGACAGAACAAGCUCCAUACAUGAUCCAUUUCUAAAUGUUCACAGUUGACCUCCAGAGAAAAGUGUGUUCAAUAUUACCAAGUCAGCAAUAGCUUGGAACUGCGUCAGUUUUAUCCAGAAAAUUGUGAAUGAAAACAAGGAAAACUGUAACUAGUGGCAACACCUCUACCCAAUUACAGAAAAUAUUCAUCUUCAUUCUUCUUCUUUUCACAGAAUAGAGUUUUGGCUAUAUGUCUUUAUGUUUGUUUUAAUAGCUCUAUAAACUUAUUGGGGCGGUUUCCCAGACAGGGAUUAUUUUAAGACAGGACUAGGCCUUAGUUAAAUUGAGAUGUUUAAGUAAUUUUUAAAAGCAUAAUUUUUAAAUAAACAUUACUGAUGUGCAUCUUGAGACGCAACACUCGCACAGACAUAUUUUAAGAUAUGUCAGAGCAAGUUCUUUCAGAUCAAGACAACACUAACAUUAAAGUUAGUCU